AUGGACUACACACUAAACGGUCGUCGCCUUCGCCAGCGGCCCGAAAAGCCCCAAGAAAAGGACAAAGUAUCCAAUCCCCCCACGCCAAAACCUAGUCCCGUAAAACAGGAGCCCGACAUUAAUCUGGACGACCUGAAAAGUUCGGUUAACAUCUACUUCGGCGCAGCUAAUCGCAUAACAGCUGGCGAACGGUUCGCAGUGAGAGCCAAACGAAUAGGUCCCAACGGUAAAAUUGAGUAUCUGAUAGAAUGGGGGGGACCUAGCAACGGAAUGACCUGA